CCUUACAGACCUCAAAAAGAAUUAAACUCUAACAUGUGCCUCAAAGUUUCUCGCUAUAAAUUGAUCACAAACUACCCAUUGUUAUUGCAGGUACUAGAACAAGAAAUUCUCAAUGGCAAACCUCCUUAAACCAAAUGCAUCUACCUUCUCCCUCUCCACCUCCCCUAACUCCUUUGCAUGCUCCUUCCAUCGACAAAGGCCUCGGGUCCCUCCUUCUUCCAAGAAAUCUCACCUCCAUCCCAGAAUCUCAUGCAAAGCGAGGGAUGAACACGAGAAACCCAUGCACACCUCUGAGGCCACAGGAUCUUCGGGGAAGCUCGACCGCCGUGAUAUGCUCAUCGGUCUUGGUGGGCUCUACGGAGCUGCCGCCGGUCUUGGCGUCAACCGGAAGGCCCUCGGACUCCCCAUUGAAGCCCCUGACAUCUCCAAAUGUGGCCCCGCUGACCUCCCGUCCGGCGCAAUACCUACUGACUGCUGCCCACCAUUCACGUCCAAAAUCAUCGACUUCAAGCUCCCGCCACGCUCCGACCCCCUUCGCAUCCGCCCAGCCGCGCACUUAGUUGACUCAAAGUACUUGGCAAAGUAUGCCAAGGCCGUGGAGCUCAUGAAAGCCUUGCCGGCCGACGACCCACGUAACUUCACCCAACAGGCUAACGUUCACUGCGCCUACUGUGAUGGCUCCUACGACCAGAUCGGCUUCCCUGACAUCGAGAUCCAGGUCCACGAUUCCUGGAUCUUCUUCCCCUGGCACCGGUUCUACCUCUACUUCCAUGAGAAAAUACUCGGCAAGCUCAUCGGUGACGAGACCUUCGCUCUUCCCUUCUGGAACUGGGAUGCGCCCGCUGGCAUGGGAAUGCCUUCGAUCUAUACUGACCCGUCUUCGUCGCUCUAUGACAAGCUUCGUGAUGCCAAGCACCAGCCACCAUAUCUCGUCGACCUCGACUUUAAUGGGCAGGACCCAUCUUUCACCCAGGCUCAGCAAAUCGACCACAACUUAAAGAUUAUGUAUCGCCAAGUCAUCGCCAACGGGAAGACAGCACAACUGUUCAUGGGAUCCCCCUACCGUGCCGGGGACCAGCCAAAUCCCGGGGGAGGCUCAUUCGAGAACGUGCCGCACGGCACCGUCCAUGAAUGGACCGGUGACAGGAACCAGCCAAAUGGAGAGGACAUGGGCGUUCUGUACUCAGCUAGCCGCGAUCCGAUCUUCUAUGCCUACCACUCCAACGUCGAUCGCAUGUGGUAUGUGUGGAAGAAGCUCGGCGGGAAGCACAAGGACUUUGACGAUAAGGACUGGCUUAACACCUCCUUUCUCUUCUAUGACGAGAAUGCUGAUAUCGUUCGAGUCAAAAUUAAGGAUUGUCUGGAUACGCAGUGGCUCCGCUACACCUACCAAGAUGUCGAGAUCCCUUGGCUGAGAACUCGACCCACUCCCAAGGGUACGAUGGCGGCAAAGAAGAGUGCGAGAUCUCUACGAGCAAUCACAGAGGCAACGUUCCCGGUGACGUUGGACUCGCCCGUGAGUGCGACGGUGAGGCGGCCCAAGGUGUCGAGGAGCAGCAAGGAGAAGGAGGAUGAGGAGGAGGUCCUGGUGGUCGAGGGGAUCGAGUUCGACCGCGACGUGUUCAUCAAGUUCGAUGUGUACAUUAACACGCCUGAGGACGGGGUUGACCCUGGGUCAAGUGAGUUUGCCGGGGCCUUCGUCAACGUGCCACACAAGCACAAGCACAGCAAGAAGGAGAAGAAGCUGAUGACGGCGCUGCGGCUGGGGAUAACGGAACUGCUGGAGGACCUCGGAGCGGAGGCAGACGAUAGUGUGCUCGUUACGCUGGUUCCGAGGAAGGGGAAGGGGAAGGUGAAGGUGGGUGGGCUCCGGAUUGAAUUCUUGAAAUGAAGGGAACAGUCAUAAAGUUGAGAAGCUUUGGCUGCUGCUGUUUUUAUGUCAGUAAAUAAAAGUGGCAACUGGUUUAAUGUCAGUAAAUAAAUGUGGCAACUAUGAUUGCAGUUCAAAGGAUUAGAGUUAUAUUUGGAUAGAAUGCUGGUGGUGUUUGGGUCGAGAUUUCGGCUGUCAAUGUUGAAUAAAGAAAGAAAAUGUUGUUCUAUAGUUC